CUUCUUCUCAACUGCCUGCACACGCCACACUGCACAGAGAGGGAGAUGCCUGCCAUCACGAGGAGCCUGUCAGCGGGAGAAGGUGGCGCCCUAAGCGAUAUAUAUCCCCAUUGAUGUUAGGAGGCUCAGCAAUUCUGUGCUGGAUGGGUAGGAGGGCUAGGAUCUGUUAGUUUAGCUGCUUGUGAGAUCAUUUCCUGCCUAGAUCCGUCCAGACGGCAGCAGCAGCAUCAGGAGUACUAUCUGUUGGAGCAGCAGCAACAGGGUGCACUUUUUCCCCAAGCCAAACCCCUGCUCAUCUGGAUAAAGAUGUCAUCAAACUCUAACCUGAGCUCUAUGCAGCGGCUGGUGGAGCAGUUAAAGCUGGAGGCGAGCGUGGAGAGGGUCAAGGUGUCUCAGGCAGCUGCGGAGCUCCAGCAGUACUGCAUGCAGAAUGCCUGUAAGGAUGCCCUUCUGGUUGGAAUGCCUGCUGGGAGUAAUCCAUUCCGGGAGCCUAGGUCGUGUGCACUGCUGUGAAGCUGCUAUAUGGCAUCACUAACUGGUGUGUCACUUAAAGCUUGAAGAUUUGGAAUAUAUGCAUCCUGCCUUUCCUGUGCCAUUUCAAGUGUGGCCAAAUCCUCCUCAACCUUUUUGAAAUAUUUAUUAUUUCCACAGUUCACUAUUCAUUACAAGUUGUUUAUCCCUUUUUUAUAACAUUCUUUUCUAUGUAAGGAAAAGUUUGCUUUGUUUUUCUGUGUGAAUGUCACUCUCUUCGGCAAUCUGACCAAUACUUCAACCUCACAGUAUUUUACACAUGUUUUACACUUCCAUUUCAUAUGAACUUGUAUUACCUGGGGUAUAAGCCCUUGUUUGCUAGAACUAAGCGUUUCUAACUUUUUUCUAUUUAAAGUGAAAAUAAUAUUUUUCUGGACAGGUAUAAAUGUUUUAUGAAAUGUCAACAAGAUUAAAUAUAUAGGUAUAUACAAAUCCAUAAUGCCUAAUAUAUACCUCUGUCCUCUGAAGUGUAUAAUUUGUAUGACUUUGAAAUAAAUAUAGGAAUUUUAUUUGGAA